AUGUUGCCGACACAGCUUUCCGCGAAGCCCGACACCUUGCUUGAUGUGCUACGCCGACGGCAGCAGGCAGAGCAGUCAAGCCAGCGAAGCCAGCGAGCUUGCAUCAAAUGUUGCUGUGGACUGCCUGGUUGUUUGGCUGGAUCUCGGUUUCCUGAGGUCAUCACUUACAAAGCAGACUCAGCCGGCUGUGACUGCCAGGGAUGGCUGCGCACAGUCCUUUCCUUGCGUGGACGUCCAGUUCUACAUGCUUUGCCCCCUCUUUUAGCUGUCGCAGUGAUGGCGGUUGCUGCCACCCUCGUCAAGAGCUCUAGCUUUUUCUUGGGUCACCAGUGGCAGUUUCCAGAAUUGGAAGAAACUCUCAAAGAGGACUACGCCCUGUUGCUGACUCCUUUGACAUUCUUGCUGGUGUAUCGCUUGAACCGCUCAGCUGUGAGGUUCUAUGACGCUAGAGCUGCCGCAGGCAAGCUGAUAGAGACCUGCAGGGUGCUUGCUGGCGAAGCAGUUAGGUUCUGUGCCCAUGACCCUCGUGCUUGUGAUGAAAUUUGCCGAUGGGUUGUCACCUUUCCAGCUGCGACUCGCAAUUUUCUGCGUGGGCAAUCUCAUUUGGAGGAUCUUCAAGGCAUAUUGUCAAACUCACAGAUCGAAGCUCUGAGCAGGGCCCCAGUGCAGACCCUAUUCUGCUGUGACCGACUUCGCCAAGAAGUGCUGGCAGCAACGCGAAGCAACACGAUGGAUCCUGCGCCGGUUGCAGCAGUCAUGCUACAGACCCUAGAGGGUCACAUCGCAACCUUGACAGGCGCUAUGGGUGCCAUGGAGCGGAUCAACAACACUCCGCUCCCCUUUGCCUACGUGGCGCACCUGCGCAGUUGUUUGACUCUGUAUUUGUUGGGGCUGCCCUGGACACUGCAGAUGAAGUCGUGGUGGUCUGUGCCCAUGGUGAUCCUUAUCAGCUAUGCGCUUCUAGGGGUGGAGGCAGCUGCCGUUGCAUGUGAACGACCCUUCCACGAGCAGACCAACCACCUUCCUUUCAAUGCCUUUGCGAAGGUUGUUGCAGAGAAUGUGCAGCAGAUCCUACAACAUGCAGCUGAUGCCGCAGCGCUUGAUUUGUUGAUGGCACAGAGCGACUCAUCCAGCCCUGGGCCUAAGGAGGACAGGUGCCAGCUCUAA